AUGUCUGAGAACGGCGGCGAGGUCGAAGUCGAAUCCCCAGUCUCGGGCUACCCAGUACUCCCCAAAGAUGUUGUCUCUGAGAUUGGCAGCAUCAAGCUGUUCAACAAAUGGGAUUUCGAUGUUGAAAUCAGAGAUAUCUCAUUGACCGACUACAUCCAAAUCCGAUCUCCCACCUACCUUCCUCACUCCGCCGGCCGAUAUGCGCAGAAGCGAUUCCGAAAGGCCCAAUGCCCCAUCAUCGAGCGAUUGACCAACUCACUGAUGAUGAACGGUCGCAACAACGGCAAGAAGUUGAUGGCUAUCAGAAUUGUUGCACACUCCUUCGAGAUUGUUCACAUCAUGACCGACCAGAACCCCCUCCAAAUCGCCGUUGAUGCUAUCGUCAACUGCGGUCCCCGAGAAGACAGCACCCGAAUUGGUAGCGCCGGUACCGUCCGACGACAAGCCGUCGAUGUGUCUCCUCUUCGCCGUGUCAACCAAGCCAUUGCCCUUCUCACCAUUGGUGCCCGCGAGGCUUCGUUCCGAAACGUCAAGAGCAUCGCCGAAUGCUUGGCUGAAGAGCUGAUCAACGCUGCCAAGGGUAGCAGCAACUCUUACGCCAUCAAGAAGAAGGACGAGUUGGAGCGUGUCGCCAAGAGCAAUCGGUAA